AUGACUAAAUUUUGGUGGGGACAAAAGAAGGACGAGCGUAAAAUUCAUUGGUUGAUUUGGUAUAGCCUAUGUCGUUCGAAGGACCAAGGAGGAGUGGGUUUCAGGAAUUUGCGUGCCUUUAAUCUUGCGAUGCUAUCAAAACAGUGUUGGAGACUUGCUUCUAAUGAAUCUUCUUUGUUGUCACAAUUUUUGAAGGCAGGAUGUUACCCUCGUGGUUCGUUCAUGUCUACAGCACCUGGAUAUAAGCCAAGCUUUACAUGGCAGAGUUUUAUGAGAGCACGUCAUCUCAUUGAUCAAGGUUCCAGGUGGCUUAUCGGUAAUGGCGCUCGAGUUUGUGUUUGGGGUGAUAAAUGGGUUUCAUCGUUGCCUUACCAGAAAGUAAUCUCAGAACCCUUAGCUUUGGAUCCAGAUGUCUAUGUCUCUAAGUUGAUUGAUCAUGAUGCUAGUUAUUGGCGAUAA